CAACGCCCCUCGUUGCCAUGGCGACCCGGCGGGGCAACGCCCGCGGGGCCGGAAGCGAGCGGCAUGCGCGCCGGAAGUACCGGGGGCGGAAGCGGAAGCGGCGGCGGCGGUGUCCUUCUGGGCCGUGACGCCGGGCGGCACCAUGGCGGACGCGGCCUCGCAGGUGCUGCUGGGCUCGGGGCUCACCGUGCUCUCGCAGCCCCUCAUGUACGUGAAGGUGCUGGUGCAGGUGGGCUACGAGCCGCUGCCGCCCACCCUGGGCAGGAACGUUUUCGGGCGCCAGGUCUACCAGCUGCCCGGCCUCUUCGCGUACGCCAAGCACAUCGUGAAGGUCGAUGGAAGAGCGGGACUCUUCAAGGGCCUCACCCCCCGCCUCUGCUCCAGCGCCAUCGGCACCGUCGUGCACAGCAAAGUGCUGCAGCGAUACCAGGAGGCUGAGCAGGCUGAGCCUGGAAGCAGCAAGAAGGAGCCGGUGUCCUCGCUGGAGCAGGUGCUGAAGGAGACCUCCCGAGAGAUGGUCGCUCGCUCCGCCGCCACACUCAUCACCCACCCCUUUCACGUGAUCACCCUGCGCUGCAUGGUGCAGUUCAUUGGCCGCGAGACCAAGUACAGCGGGACACUAAGCGCCUUCGCCACGAUUUACCGAGAAGAGGGCAUCCUGGGCUUCUUCGCCGGCCUCAUCCCGCGGCUCCUCGGGGACAUCCUCUCCCUCUGGCUCUGCAACAUGCUGGCCUACCUCAUCAACACGUACGCGCUGGAGAACGGGGCCUCCACCAUGACUGAGAUGAAGAGCUACUCGCAGGCAGUGACCGGCUUUUUCGCCAGCAUGCUGACCUACCCCUUCGUGCUGGUCUCCAACCUGAUGGCCGUGAAUAACUGCGGGCUGGCUGGGGGUCUCCUCCCCUACGCGCCCACCUACUCCUCCUGGCUGGAUUGCUGGAGCCAGCUGCACCGGGAGGGCAACAUGAGCCGAGGGAACAGCCUGUUUUUCCGCAAGGUGCCCGCAGGGAAGCGCUACGUGUGGGACGAGAGGAGGUUUCGCUGAAGCUGGAGCCGGGAGGGGGAAUCGUGAAGCCGACGUCGGGCUCUGGGGGGCAAAGAAUUAUGAGAGAGUGGUGAUUUCUAUACAGUUUUUUAAAAUCAUUUAAUGCUGAGAGAUGAA